AUGUGGCGUGAUUGGCAUCCAAUGAGUCGACAUUUUGAAGCCAUGCAACAGGAGCUUCAGGCACUGAGACAAGAAUGUGAAGUGCUUACGCAACACAACAGCGCGCUGAGACAAGACGUCAACACACUUCUCAGCAAAGAAAGCUGGAUGGUAGCUAGGUUUGAAAGAUUACGGUCAGAAACAGCAGAUUUGCGCCAGACUGCCAUUUCAAGCCAUGAUACACAAAGGGCCAAUCCACAGCGGAAGAAACAGGUAUCGAUCUAUGGUGAAAUCAUUGACUAUCUCCAAGUCUUGUCACACGAUAAGAUACGACUGGGCGAGGCACUCCGACGCGAGAGGGAGCUACGUGCACAAACCGAAGAAGAAGCUUCUGCCGCUGCCGCUCGCCAUCAGGAAAUAACUUCAGAAAUGAUGAUAAAACUCAAUUCCCUACAGAUGCGCGGCGAGGCAUUGUAUGAUGACCAGUGUGCUUCAGAAUGGCGAAAGCUUCAGCAAGCCCUUGAUGUUUGGACAAGGCGCACUUUCAUGGAUAAAUUAGCCAUGAGUCAUAUGACAAAACAAAGUUUGGAGUGGACGAAGGACUUUUACGUGCUACCUGAGGAUAUAUUACAGGACAUACAUGGAAAGCAUGCAUAUAUUCAGGGUACUAUUGCAGGAAUCAUCUUUAAGACUGUUUUCAGUUGUCUCUUUGCUUGCAGUCCUAGUGGACACUCGGAGCGAUUGUUAAGUGCGAUAGGCAAAGCUCUGAGACGAUCUGGUAGUAGCUACACUUGGGAAACCUGGCGCUCGGCUACAAGCAAAGCUUUGGAUGAUCCAACUGCCUUCGAGGAGCAUCGGCAUGAUGACUCCUGCAAUUCACUUUCGCAGACAAUCGAUCUUCUGUUCAGCAACUUUUACAGUCAAAACAUCGGAAAUGACAGAAUUCAUAGCGGACUGCAUCGGAUAUUUCAGGACUGUCUGGCUUUCAAAAAAAGACUAGAACGACAGGAAUCCGACUACGUUAUCCGCCAAACUCCUCCCGGAACAGUCUAUUCUGCAGCAAAGAUGAACAGUUUGAACUACAACGAGGAAGAAGGUAGUACUGUCAUGAUGAGUAUUUGGCCAUCGAUUUAUAAAGUGUCUUUCGACAAUGAAGAGCUCCUCAUUGAACCCGAGGCCGUCUGGACAAAGAAACCGACUCAAAUUGACGAGUCAGGUACGGAGGAUCUCUAUGACAUCGAGAAAGACAUCAAGCAAGCAGUGAAGUCUGAAGAAGAUGAUGACGAGUUAAGUUUGAUCAUGAUUAAUUCUUGA